GUAGGGAGUAGUGAAUGACGUCACCCAUAGCAACAGGGUAAACCGUCCCCUUCUUUUAUCUUUGGAGUUCAAUAGUAAGAUAAGACACUUUGGGAAUACGGCCCCUGAUGUUCCUUUAAAAAAAGUCUUGAAUGUAAUGCAGUCUAAUUUAAUUUAAUUUAAUGGAAUGCAUUUAAUGUAAUGGAGUGUACUUUAAUAGUUUAACAAUUAUUGUGAUGUGAUACGGUACCACGGCGAAAAUGUCCUCCGUGAAGUAGGAACUGAAGUGCGUCGGAACCUUUAUGUUUAUUACGUAGAAGUGGGGGGAAUGCUGCGGUUGCGACACGUAGUCACAAACACUAAUCAUUCAAACUACUAGUAGGCUGUAAUUUUUUUUACAUUAUUUAAUUAUUCUGUCUUUUUAGAUAUAUACAGCUUGUCUUUUAACAUAAUGCACUUUUAACGGUUGUUCAGAAUCACAGUUUACACCUCGCUGACGCGUCAGUUCUGCGUUUGAAAAUGAUAUACCAUAUCCCCUGGAUCUACACUCCUGUGCGGACAGUCCUGGCAAUCUGGCACCAGCUGACCAAGGCCGAGAUCCCAGAGCUGGCCAAGUGCUCGGUGCUGAUGAGGGAGCGCAGCAGAGUGGAGGAGACCAUCCAUGCCAUGCACCGAGCAGGUGCAGGCAGCCUGCAGGUAAUCUCAGACUUUGAUAUGACACUAACCAGAUUUGCCCACAACGGCAAGAGAGUGCCCACCACGCACAAUAUCCUGGAUAACCGGUUGUUGAUCAAUGAAGACUGCACUAAAAAGAUGAGGGAGCUGUUGAACACCUACUAUCCCAUAGAGAUCGAUCAUAGCAGAACUGCGGAAGAAAAGCUGCCUCUCAUGGUGGAGUGGUGGACUAAAGUCCACGAGCUGCUGAUUCAGCAGAGGAUCAGGAAGGACAUGUUGGCCCAGGCUGUCAAGGAAUCCAGCGCUAUGCUCAGGGACGGCUACAAAGGGUUUUUUGACCGUCUGGCAGAGCAGCAGGUCCCUCUGUUGAUCUUCUCGGCUGGUGUUGGAGACGUCCUGGAGGAGGUGAUUCGACAGAACCUCGUCUUCCAUCCCAAUGUCCACAUUAUCUCCAACUACAUGGACUUUGACCAAACUGGGGUCCUGCGAGCCUUCAAAGGCCAACUGAUCCACACCUUCAACAAGCGGGAAGGUGCUCUGUCACAUGCAGCUGGCCUCAGAGAGCUGCAGGGUCGACCCAACGUGCUGCUGCUGGGAGACUCUUUAGGAGACUUGACCAUGGCUGACGGGGUGUCCGAGCACCAGAACAUCCUUACCAUCGGCUUCCUCAAUGACCAGGUGGAAGAGAGAAAAGAGUCGUACGUCAACUCCUUUGACAUCGUACUGGUGAAGGAUGAGACGAUGGACGUUCCGAACGCCAUCCUCAGAUACAUUACCUCAUCAAGAGACAACAAGUAAGACCCACAGGGAGGAACUGGACACUUUAUGACAAAAUACACACAGAUAGACUUGUUCACUCCAUUCACUAUGUUUCAUGCUGGACAAUCACACAUCAUCACUUACCUCAUACCAGACCUUGAAACUGGACUUUUUCGCUGCUGCAUCUAGCGGAGUGGUUAAUGGUGCAAAUCACACUUACUCUUUACUCUGAAGUCUUUUUAUUUUUACAGUCAGUGUUUUGACUUGUAUUUGCUGUACAUCAAAGCCAUCCUACCAAAGUCCAACGGUUUAAAAGAUCAAAAUUAGGUCAUGCAUUUGCAACUUAGUUCAGGAGGAUCUGGGAUUUAUGCCAGCAACUUCACAGACUAUUAGGGGGCUGGGAUUUGAGUAAAACUCUUUUCUUCCUGCUGUUUAAUUUGUUUGAGGGAAUCCAUAAGAUGUUUUGAUAGAAACAGUGUCACUAUAGUAGCAAUGUGCCACCUUAACAGAACUCAGUGAAGGGAGAAUUUAUAUUGUCUUAUUUCAAAUGCAUAGAGUAUAUACCAGCAGCCCUCCCUCUGAAAACAGAUCAGCAACCUCUUAAAAAUGUCUGUAUAAAUAAUUACACAGUGUAUUUCUAAUUUUUCUGUCCUCUUUUCACUCCUUUUUAGCACAAAAAAGUUAUAUUUUUUUACUUUGUUGUUUUACAGUAUGAGGAUGGACUGCUUUUAUAAUGCUCAUGUACGAGCAAAGAUGUAAAACACAUUUUGUAAAUGUCUCUUUAUCCUCCAUGUCUUCUACUUCAUAUUGACACUGUUCUCAUGUGUUUUGUGUGUACUGUAAAUCACCUCUGUGUAUACUGCAAGUACCUGAUGCUCAUGUCUACACAUGAAUCAUCAGUUUAUUUGCAGGGUGCAGCUAACUUGACAUUGAUGCUAUCAGUCUUUAAGCUAUUCUAGUAGUUAUUAAGUCACUUAUUCUAACCGUUUUUUUUUUUUUACCUGUGACAGUGAAGACAAACACAUUAAUGCUAGCAUCAAACACAAUGCUACAGUAUAGCAGUAUUCCCAAGAAGGGAUUUUGCAAUCUGGGAUGAGUGUUUUCCUAAUGAGUGUUUUCUUUCAACUGAAACACUGUGGCUGCUAUAAAUUAAGACUUAACAUUGAGCUAGUUUGCACUUUACUAUAGGUGUUGUUGUUACACUUCUGUAGAAGAAAAGACGAAUAUGUACUAACUUGUAAGUGUACUCUUCUCAGCAGAAGGUAUAGUUCACAUUUUUAAAAAUGCCAUUUUAUUCAUCAUACAUUGGGAUUUUCUCUGUGUAAAAGCAAGAAGUUGCAGGAAAAUAAUGAUAGCCCCUUAAAUUUCUUUAGUAUUGAUAAUAACUCCCCAGAAAGUCCAUGUAAGUCCUGUGGGAUUAAAAAAAAAUUUGAUCUAUCCCUUUUAAAAUCAACAUUUUUACAUCAUCUCUGUAUGCUACUUAUAAUUCCUUGCAAUGUAGUCUUAUGACAGUAAGGUAGUCAUUAGAUCAUUAAAUUAUUUCUAGUAGUGAUGCAUCAAUAUUAAUAAUACCUAUAUUAAUGUUGAUACCAGUAUCCAAUAUUUUCCACCAAUAUCAACCAAAACCAAUGCAUUUUUAGUCUUAUAUGCAGUGUAUGUUUUUAAAUAUUUCUACCUGCUUUUUAAAAUGACUAUAAUACUUUUACUCUGUCACUAAUUUGACCCUAAAUGACAUAAUUACAGAGAGAUGCAUCAUUUAAAAUGCUACAGCUGAAAAACCAUUGAUUUCCAAUCAUGCAAUUCCCCUGGGAGAGGCUCUUCUUUUGCCAAAACCUUUGUUUUCCAGGUCAUUUUUUAAAAAGCUACUCAUAAAAGUUAUUAUGUGAAAGAAUUUCUCAGUAACAUUGGUGCCAGACACCCUGUUGUGUGAUCACAUUCACUGGAAAAAAAAGAUCACUAAUAUGCCAUAUUGGUGAUAAAAAAUAUUACACCCAAAACUGAUAUUGCAUUUUUAUCAGAUAGUAUUAGAUACAACCAACAGUGUCAGUUGGUUAUUGAUUUUUAAAGGUGAUCACACAACAGAGGGUGCUUGGCUUAAACAGUACUCAUGUUUGGACAUGUUUGAAAAAAAAAGUAUCAAAAUCAUUUCAGGAGAACCAGAGAUAUCAUGUCUUUUUAUUCCAUGCAUUCUUUUUGUCAACAACAACAAAAACUAUUUUCUUUUUCUUACAAACAUUUAAAUUCAUGUGACUUUCAGGGACAAAUAAAGGUGCUUGUUUGGUUUUCUGAAA